AUGGAACCCGUUCAAGUACUCAGGGUCUCAACAAACGCCCGUGAACCAACAUUAUCUCUCCAGCGUGCCCAAUCCUUCGGUAUACGGGAGGGACAUAUGGAACCAAAGAAGCAGAAUGUGACGUACCCCAACGACAGCGGAGGAGUGGCAAAUAAGCCUACGGAAUAUGAUAAGAAGAGCGAAAAAAAGAUCGAAAAGGAUGAAAAGGCCGAAAAGAAAGCCCCAGUUGGUGGUAGCAGGGUUCAGCGACUUCGAAAUCUGACCAAAGCUCAGGAAUCGCUGGCUGACGAGUUAUUUGAGGAGGAACUGCCCAAAACCGCGCAAGAAAUAUUCCGGAAGAACUACGCUGAGAACUCUGAAGUUCUUUCGGAGCAGGGCUUCAAUAAUCUAAAUCUAUUUGAUCAGAUCCUGAAUCGUCUAGCCGAGGAGGCUAAAGAGACACCUGCCUUGAUUCGAGAUCCGCCGAGCCGAGUUCGUGAAUUUAUACAAUACCUGGUAAUCAGUCACCCUCAAGUUAUUUGUCAGUCGCACGAUGAGGGGAACCAAACGAGACUACUCGAGAGAGCGCUCAAGAAGUGCAAGCCCCUGGCCUUCGACGUCAUCAGUCUAAUUGUUUCCGAUGAGGACCUACAAGCGCUGGAGGAGACGUGUCCAUACCAAGUCAAUGGAACUUCUGUUUCCAACAAGAAUUGUGCACUUUCACAGUUCUAUCUCCCGGGGCCUCUUCGGUCGGAAUACGGCAAGAAACAGGAACCGAAGCGAUGCCUACAUGAUCUUGUCGAUCAGAAACGGUUUCUCUCGUGGGCAUCCAAGUACAAAGAUCAGAUAGCAAAGGCCGUCGAGCUUCCAGAAAAGCACAAAGAUGGCUAUGAGACCUGGCUUCACAUCGCUCUCGAAGACCAAACAGCUUUUAGCACGACAAGAACCCAGGAGGAGAUGGAAGACUUCCACAAGAGCUUCUUGAGUCUGAUUAGGUUGUGCCCGGACACAGACCCGAAGAGAAAUCUACUCUUAUUCUGCGACAGUGAUGGGCGCACACCGCUCCAUAGAGCAAUUGACCUUUUUAGACAUCCUGACAUCGAUUACGCACGUUUGUCGCAGGUCAUAGAGGUUCUCGUCCGCCGCUGUCCAGAGUCAAUCUAUGCCAAAGCGCAGUACAAGGAUGCCAAACAGCCCGUCCUUUCAAAGACCCCUUACCGUCUUCUCAAAGACAUUCCUAUCACUGGCUCCAAUGAGAAACGGAAGGAAGCAAUGGAAAACGUUGAUCGGCUUUUAAAACACGUUUGUAUCCGUAGCAAUCGUACUAAGACCGAGAAACAGAAGUAUCUCCACGAAAAGCUAGCAGAUGCACCGGAGAUUCACCUCGAUCUUGCCAAGGUGAUUGGAUCAGGCAAAAAAUACAUGGACGAAAGAGCACAAAAGGUCAAGGUGCAACUAGAUACCGCGCUCGAGUAUGUAAGCCUACCUCAAUACCUUAUAGACCACGAAAAGAAGAAAGUAGUUGAACGCAACCCGCAUGUGGCUAUAUUCCAGUGGCUGAAAGAGAAGAAAGUCGAGAAGAUUUUUAGGGUCUCGGUCGAAGACCGCGAGCAGGACCAAAUACCACAUACGGAUAUGGCCAUUCAUACUUGGUUGGCGCCGUUUGAUGUCGAGAUAUGGGACUGGAGAAAGUAUGACAUCAGCAGCGAGACAAUUCUCAAGGGCGCAGCAAACACCAGGGAGCUUCAUCUAUACUGGAGCGGAAACGUGGCUGUGAUGCAAAGCUGGGCUUGUAAAAAGGGCUUGGCUCGACUAAAGAAGUCGAUGGAAACCGAAGAGGUCUGUCAAGCAGCUUUCGACAAUUUUAAAGAGAAGUUUUUGAAGCGACGAAAGAAUGAUGUUAAAAAAGAGAAUAUUAAACUACGACUUCCACAAGACUCAAAUCACCGCGUGUCAGUCGGACAAGACUCAAGCACAAAAGGCUCGACCAAUGAUUUUCUUGCCUCUGAGCCGGUUUGGAUUCGGAAGAUGCAAGAGAUGAUUGACUUGCUAUUUACUUUCAAGAAAGUCCCGAGAGAGGACGUAGUAAAGAUUGCGCUCAUCGACAAAGGCGUGGAUAGAGAAAACCCCGAAGUCCUCGCCAUUGAGAGGGGUCAGUCCUUUUACCACGGAGGAAGGGUCCUGGGGCACGAGGAAACUUGGGACCCUGAGUUCCGGGAGUGGGAUGCCCGGCCACCGAUUCACGGAACACAAAUGGCCAUUUGCAUACAGAAAAUCUGCCCCAUGGCGAGGCUAUAUGUUGCAAGGAUGGAUGACUCAAGGUCGGACACGCAAGAAUUCACCCUCGAGUCUGCAAUCAAUGCUAUAAACUGGGCCAAGGAGAUGGGUGUUAACAUCAUCUCAAUGAGUUGGUCGUUUAAGGCCAAAGGCGAAGAUUACGGUGUCGACGAGAUUGCGAACUUCAAGCGAACCAUCGCAGAAGCCAAAGCCGACGGCAUCCUGUUGUUUGCCUCGCUAAACGAUAUGGAAGGUGUCAACAUUGAUGACUAUUAUCCCUGCGGCUUGUCAGACGUGUUCAAGAUCGGAUCUGCAACCAAAUGGGGCGACAGAGCUUCGCAUAGCCGAACAGGAUCCGACUUUAUCCUGCCCGGCAAGGACAUCUCGUUGCCUGACAUUGAUGGUCAGAUGAAAGAGGUGAGCGGCAGCUCUAUUGCAACUGCGUUUGCUGCUGGCUUGGCCGGCCUUGUCCUUUAUGCACUUAGCACGCAUCUGAAUAUCGAGGAUGAGGUAGAGGAGUCCCUGAAGAUGGAUCGGUUGAAGCAAGCCAAGUCAAGGGAAGGUAUGAACACAAUAUUUAAUAUUCUAAGCGGCAAUAGGCAGGGCUUGAAGACAAACGAUGUGUGGGUAAGUUUAGAUGAUAAGUUUCCAGAAAAGCCAGAUAAGGGUGAACCCGGCCCAGAUAUUAAAGAUUUUAUAAAGAGUAUUGUUCCUAAGUAA